AUAGUCUGGCCAGGGUUGUGGCCUCAGUCCUGCCCCUUAAGAGAUGGGAUCUUUGCCUAAAAGUUAUUGAGAAAUGAAGACUGCAGAAAGCCAAAAAAUGUCCAGGCUUUUCGUGCACACUGACAGCCAAACAGAAUGCUCUUUCCAUUUGCAGUUUUUUUAGUGUCAUUUUAAGUUGCAGCUUCCGGCCAAUCAGCGAGCCCCGUGCCUGCUGACAUCACGAACCAGCCAGUUCCCUCCAGCUGCAGAGAGCUUCAGUUUGUCUUUUUUUUUUUAACUAAAAUGGAGGCUGGUUUCUUGCCUUAAGGAGUACAUUGCCUUUCCCGCUGAAGUCUAGAUGUUGACAUGUAAUAAAGCGGGCAGCAGGAUGGUGGUGGAUGCGGCCAACUCCAAUGGGCCUUUCCAGCCCGUGGCCCUUCUCCAUAUUCGAGAUGUUCCUCCUGCUGAUCAAGAGAAGCUUUUUAUCCAGAAGUUACGUCAGUGUUGUGUCCUCUUUGACUUUGUUUCCGAUCCACUAAGUGACCUAAAGUGGAAGGAAGUAAAACGAGCUGCUUUAAGUGAAAUGGUAGAAUAUAUCACCCAUAAUCGGAAUGUGAUCACAGAGCCUAUUUACCCAGAAGUAGUCCAUAUGUUUGCAGUUAACAUGUUUCGAACAUUACCACCUUCCUCCAACCCUACGGGAGCAGAAUUUGACCCAGAGGAAGAUGAGCCAACGUUAGAAGCAGCCUGGCCUCACCUGCAGAAACUACAAAGAUACAGAAUUGUCCGUGUAUUUUCACUGAAAGUGACCGUGGAAUUGAGGUCGGAGGUCUUGCAAACAUGGAGGUCUUGCAAACAUUUCUCGGUUUGUGUGCCUGCUGUGCGCCCCAGGCCCAUCUGCUUGACUGAGUCUCCAGAUUUCCAACCUAAUAUAGCGAAGAAAUAUAUUGAUCAGAAGUUUGUAUUGCAGCUUUUAGAGCUCUUUGACAGUGAAGAUCCUCGCGAGAGAGAUUUUCUUAAAACUACCCUUCACCGAAUCUAUGGAAAAUUCUUAGGCUUAAGAGCUUACAUCAGAAAACAGAUAAAUAAUAUAUUUUAUAGAUUUAUUUAUGAAACAGAGCAUCACAAUGGCAUAGCAGAAUUACUGGAAAUACUGGGAAGUAUAAUUAAUGGAUUUGCCUUACCACUAAAAGAAGAGCACAAGAUUUUCUUAUUGAAGGUGUUAUUACCUUUGCACAAAGUGAAGUCUCUGAGCGUCUACCAUCCUCAGCUGGCAUACUGUGUAGUGCAGUUUUUAGAAAAGGACAGCACCCUCACUGAACCGGUGGUGAUGGCACUUCUCAAGUACUGGCCAAAGACUCACAGCCCAAAAGAAGUCAUGUUCCUAAAUGAACUAGAAGAGAUUCUAGACGUAAUUGAACCAUCAGAGUUUGUGAAGAUCAUGGAGCCUCUCUUCCGGCAGUUAGCCAAGUGUGUCUCCAGUCCCCACUUCCAGGUGGCAGAGCGGGCGCUGUAUUACUGGAAUAACGAGUACAUCAUGAGUCUCAUCAGUGACAAUGCAGCGAAGAUUCUGCCCAUCAUGUUUCCAUCCUUGUACCGCAACUCUAAGACCCACUGGAACAAGACAAUACAUGGCUUGAUAUACAAUGCGCUGAAACUCUUCAUGGAGAUGAACCAAAAACUAUUCGAUGACUGUACCCAGCAGUUUAAAGCAGAGAAACUGAAAGAGAAGCUAAAAAUGAAAGAACGAGAAGAAGCAUGGGUUAAAAUAGAAAACCUAGCCAAAGCAAACCCCCAGUACGCGGUGUGUAGUCAAGCGAGCACCGCGAGCCUUCCGGUGGCAGUGGAGACAGAUGGGCCUCUAUUGGAAGAUGUGCAGAUGCUGAGAGAGACAGUGAACGAAGAGGCUCGCCAGUCGGUCGGGAGGAAAGCAGUGACAACCAUGCAGUUAAGGAAGGUGUAGAAAGACGGAAGGUGGGAAGUGAAGGUAUUCCUUACUCAGUACGUAGAAGUGUAUUUAAGGCUUUUAUAUUUAGGAAAAGCACUGACAAUGUUAUGUACAUGAAGUAUUUUCCCUUUUUUCCCUGUCAUUCCAGCUUGUGAUGGUGAAGACGAAAUCUGGUCCCUCAAGAGAUUUUUGAUGAGUUCUGUCCUAAAUUCAGUAGUAAAACGUGCACUCUUCUGUAUGACCCACCCCGAUGUUGUUUUCCCAUUUACUGUAUAGAUUUAGCCUUUCAGCGCUGCCAUUUUGCUGCAGACAGAGGCCGUUUCUCUCCGGCUUGCGUCUCCGUAGGCGCGUCUGGGGCAGUGUGUCCGUCUGUCUUGUCUGCCCACCGUCAGCAGCAUGCUCGGCCCACACGUCCCUCCACCAGUGUCACUCGUCUAGGGGGACCGUCUGCAUGAUGUCCCACUCUC